AUGACAGCAGAAACGGUAGCAGAAGCGGUACCAUCAUCAUCGACUUUGAGUCAGAAUAAAAGUGCAGCAGCAGCUGACGCUGCUGCUGCUGCUAAAGCUGCCUCAGGACUCCCCCACGUACAGUGCAUCGCCAGAGCCAGAAUACCCACGGUCCAGGGCCCAGAUAUCUUCUUGCACUUGUACCAGAACGACAGAGACAACAAGGAACACCUGGCUAUCGUGUUCGGAGAAGACAUUCGGUCGAGGUCUUUGUUCCGCAAACACGCCGGCGAGACGCAAGAGGCGCGCAUGAUCAGAGGCGCAUACGUUGGGAAGUUGUAUCCAGGACGCACGAGCGCGGAUGUGGACGAAAAGCAGGGCUUGUCGCUGCAAUUUGACGAGAAAGACGGAAGUCUAGUGGUGGAGCCAUCGACGACGUGGUGCGAGCAGGAGACGCUUGUGCGGAUCCAUUCGGAGUGCUACACCGGGGAGACGGCAUGGAGUGCGCGUUGUGACUGCGGGGAACAGUUUGACCGCGCCGGAAAGCUCAUGGCGGUGGAUCACGAGGGCGACAUUAAAGGUGGGAACGGCCACGGCGUCAUUGUGUACUUGAGACAGGAGGGCAGGGGUAUCGGACUCGGCGAGAAGCUCAAGGCGUACAAUUUGCAGGAUCUUGGCGCAGACACGGUGCAGGCGAACUUGUUGUUGAAGCAUCCUGUGGAUGCACGUGACUUUUCCAUCGGACGUGCCAUUCUAAUCGAUUUGGGCAUCUCGCAGGUGCGGUUGCUCACCAACAACCCGGAUAAAGUGGCCCAAGUGGAGCAGCCUCCGUUCCUCCACUGCGUCGAGCGUGUGCCGAUGGUGCCCUUGUCGUGGUCGGGAAACCACAGCGAGGGGAUCCACUCGAAGGAGAUCGACGGCUACUUGCGCACCAAGAUCGAGCGCAUGGGCCAUCUCCUCCAGCAACCGCUCACCUUGCACACCGCCCCAACAGACCCAAAGACCGCUGCUAUAUGA